UGAAUACAAACCUUUAUAUAUUUUCACAUUGUUUUGUAAAUGAUUGAAUGGAACUGAACUCACUGGUUUCGACCUCACUCACUCCUCAUCAAGAUGGCGACCGGGCUGUGGACGUUUCAGCUUUUAAUGGUCAUCCUUCAGCGGUUGUUUACGGUUGCUAAGCAACCUAGAAAGGCCAUGGGAGGAAGAGCAGAAUGGCAGGUUACAAAGACACCUGAAGAGAAGCACAGUCGUGUGUGGGAAAUAAUUUGUGGCUCUAUUUAAAUUCAAUUUAUAUUACCUUGCUGGUGUUUAUAAUCCUCUUGUUGCUUUUCUUUGGAGUUUAACCGGAAUGUGACCUGUUAGCUGUUAGUCAGCAGUUUGCUAUCUGACUAUGAAGUUUUUUCUAUUGCAAAAUAAUGUGGUGGAGUGAUUGUUGAGUCAUGGGGUCAGAGUCUGUGAAGGUGGUGGUGAGGUGCAGGCCGCUGAAUGACAGGGAGAACGCUCUCUGCUCUAACAUGGUGCUGUCCAUGGACCUGCACCGCUGCCAGUGCUUCAUAGAGAAGCCAGGUGUAGUGGAUGAGCCACCCAAGCAGUUCACCUUUGAUGGGACUUACUUCAUGGAUCAAACCACUGAGCAGAUGUACAACGAGAUUGCCUAUCCUUUGGUUGAGGGUGUCACUGAGGGAUACAAUGGCACAAUUUUUGCCUAUGGUCAAACUGGAAGUGGGAAAUCUUUCACCAUGCAGGGGGUGGUGGAUCCUGCAGCCCAGAGGGGAGUCAUUCCACGUGCAUUUGAACACAUAUUUGAGAGUAUUCAGUGUGCAGAAAACACAAAAUUCCUGGUGAGGGCAUCCUACCUUGAGAUAUACAAUGAAGAAAUCCGAGACCUUUUGGGAAGUGACACCAAACAGAGAUUAGAGCUGAAAGAGCAUCCAGAGCGUGGGGUGUAUGUGCGGGAUCUCUCCAUGCACACUGUGCACAGUGUGGGGGAGUGUGAGAAGAUCAUAGAGCAAGGCUGGAGGAACCGGGCAGUGGGCUACACGCUGAUGAACAAAGACUCCUCCCGCUCACACUCCAUCUUCACCAUCCACCUGGAGAUCUGCAGCACUGAUGCAGCAGGCCAGGAUCACCUACGAGCUGGUAAACUGAACCUGGUCGACCUGGCAGGAAGUGAGCGCCAGUCUAAAACCGGCGCUACUGGCGAGAGACUCCGCGAGGCCACCAAGAUCAACCUCUCCCUCUCGGCCCUGGGUAACGUCAUCUCUGCGCUGGUGGACGGACGCUCCAAAUACAUCCCCUACCGGGACUCCAAGCUGACCCGGCUGCUGCAGGACUCUCUGGGAGGAAACACGCGUACCCUGAUGAUCGCCUGUCUGUCGCCCGCAGACAACAACUACGAGGAAAGCCUGAGCACACUGCGCUACGCUAACCGUGCAAAGAGCAUCCAGAACAGGCCGCGGAUCAAUGAGGACCCCAAGGAUGCUCUGCUGCGAGAGUAUCAGGAGGAGAUCAGGAAGCUGAGGGCCCUCGUCUCAGGCCAGCUAGGCAUUGCUAACCUUGCAUCUCUUCUGGCUGCUCAGUCUUUUGAGAAACCCUCAGCAGUUCCUUCAAAGCCACAGUCCGGCACCCCAGAAGCAGAGAAGGACAAGAUUAAAGAGGCAACUACUAGCUUCUCCCACACUCAUACAUCACUUCACAUCUCCACGCGCACUGUACAACGAACAGGUGAUUUAUGGGUCUGUAUUCCGCUGUCUCUGCAGGACUACGAAGAGAGGCUGGCCAAGUUGCAGGCUGAGUACAAUGCAGAACAGGAAUCCAAGGCCAGGCUGCAGGAGGACAUCACUGCCCUGCGCUCCUCUUAUGAAUCCAAGCUGUGCAACCUGGAGAAGAACAGAGCCAGCAGGGGGAGCUCUGUUCUAAAGAAUGGAAAAUCACCAGCCCCCAAGAAGGAACAAUCAUCUGUGAGCUCUAGUUCUAUAACACAAGUGGCUGAGGAAGAGCUCGGCCAAAACACUGACUCACUGGGCCCCAGUGUCCAUGUAGAGACUUCCAUUACUGAGCAGGAUGUACCGUGUGCAGCAGUCGGUGUCCAAAAAUGUCUGGACGGGGACGAGCUCGUCGACUCCGCUGACGUCACUUCUGCAGGGCCUCUGGACCAGAAACACGCCCUGGAGAGACUGCAUCAGCUGGAGCAGGAGGUGGUGGGAGGCGAGCAGGCCAGGAACAAGGAGCUCCAGCAGAGACAGCGUCAGAGGAAGAACCUGGCCGACCAGAGGAAAGUCAGUCUUAUCCACGCUCUGUCAGAGAACAGUGAGGAGAGUGAAAAUGUGCUGCUGAACGUCUACAACUCCAUCCAGGAGGAGGUCCACGCAAAGAGCCAAAUGCUGGUCAAGGUCCAGGGGAAGCUGAAAGCAGCCAAACUGGAGAUACGUGACCUGCAGGCAGAGUUCGAGGUGGAGAGGAACGACUACCUUGCAACCAUCCGGCGUCUGGAGAGGGAGGGUCAGUUACUGCACAGCCUGCUGGAGCGAACGGUGCCCCUGGUGCGUCGAGACUGCAACUACAGCAACUUGGACCGCUUGAAGAAAGAAGCCGUCUGGGACGAGGACGGCACCACCUGGAGGCUGCCAGAUGUGAUGGUGCAGAAAACAUCCCUGCCUUCAGCAGUGGCUCCGAAACCUUCAGCAUGCAGAGGCUCAGCUGCGGAUUCUGGAGAGCCAUUUAUGGUGGAGGAGGACAGAUAUAAGGAAAUGCUGAACCGUAGUGCAAGUGAAAACAUCGCCAGCAGCUACUUCAAGUCAAAGAGAGCGAGCCAACUGCUUGGAGUUGAAACCACGGUUCACGCCGUCCGCUCUCCUCCGUUGGUUAAUGGGGCGGCCCACCUCACUGUGAGUGGUUCCACUACGAACCCACCUGUAAGCUCCGACUCCGUCUUUCCACGCCCUUUCCGCCUUGAGUCGUUGGCAGCCCAGGGGUCCAUCGGUAAGGGGAAGCGCAAGAAGAGCAAAUCUCACAUCUACAGUGAGGGGAUUUAGAAAACAGACUGUAAAUUCCCAUUCCCACACACUCUUUACACAUCUCAUUGUUGUCCACUGACUCUAAGUUUUUAUACCCUUCUGUUGAUCACAAAAUGCUAACGGUAAGUUAUUCAACUUCAGGCUUCCUUUCGCCAUAUAUGAAAACACUAUGAACCUUUUGUCGGACAUUAUGAGUCCAGUUUUGUUUUUGAAUGCUUAUUUUCAAAAGAAUACUACCUACAGUAUAAAACUACCUUCAUUUUUGCACUGUCCCUAUGAUUCCUGCACUGGGAGACUCAAAGUCCAACUACUCUAAUAUUUCACUUCUAAUGUAUUUCACUGCUGCUUAAUGUAAACCACUAUUUAACCAGUUCUGUUUUUGACA